CUGACUUCUACCUUCCAAGGUUGGACAGACAUAUUGUUUACCUUGAGAAAACACUUUUUAGAAUUGCUCAAAUGCAGCACACCUGAAACCACAGAGCGUGCCUGAAUUCCAGCGUAACAAGAGAAACAAUGCAACUUUUACAGUGGGGGUAGGUGGGAGAACAGGUGGCAUGUGUCAGACUGGUUUACCCACAUUGGAGAGCGACAUAACUUCACUAUCACACCACACCCAGACCUGCCUAUAAAGUAGGACCCUAAACAUAGAGAGAUGCACAAAGGAGCUCAACCUCCACCCGGCAUUUCCAGCACCACAACAGCACCAACAUGAGUCUGAGGAGCAAGCGCAGCACUCGUCCAGGAGUACGCAUGUCCGCAGGGGGCUUCAGCAGCAUGUCUACGGGAUCCUACUCCAUCCCCAGGAUCAGCACCGGGACCACUCAUGCAGCCCCGAUUACAGCUGUUACCAUCAACAAGAGCCUGCUGCUGCCACUAAACAUAGACAUCGACCCCACCGUCCAUGCUGUUCGUAACCAGGAAAAAGAACAGAUAAAGAGUCUCAACAACCGUUUUGUCUCAUUCAUUGAUAAGGUUAGAUAUCUGGAGCAGCAAAACAAAAUGCUGGAAACCAAGUGGAAGCUGCUGCAGCAACAGACUGCUACCUCCUCUAACGUUGAGCCCAUGCUGAAGACUUACAUCACCAACCUACAACGGCAGCUGGACUUUCUCAACAAUGACAAACACAGACUUGACAUGGAGAACAAUGUCAUGCACAAACAUGUGGAAGACUACAAGACAAAGUAUGAGCAUGAGAUCAACAAGAGGAAUGAUGCUGAGAAUGAGUUUGUCAUGCUCAAGAAGGAUGUGGAUACGGGUUACCUGUCCAAAGUGGAGCUAGACGACAGGGUGUCUGUUAUCACCGAUGAAUUCAACUUCUUAAAGGCUUUGUACGAUACGGAGCUGCGCGAGCUGCAGGAGAGCCUGAAGGAGACUUCUGUGGUGGUGCAGAUGGACAACUCCCGUGGCCUGAACAUGGACCAGAUCGUGUCUGAGGUUAAGGCUCAGUAUGAGGACAUUGCUGCCCGCAGCCGCGAAGAAGCUGAAAGCUGGUACAAGAAUAAGUUUGACCAGAUGACAGCUGAGGCAGACAAGUAUGGCGAUGAGCUGCGUAGCACCAAGGCAGAAAUAUCUGAGCUCAACCGAAUGAUCAGCCGCCUGCAGAAUGAGAUCCAGGCUGUAAAGGCACAGUGUACCAGCCUUGAGGGCCAGGUAGCCGAAGCGGAGCAGCGUGGUGAGGAGGCUGUGCAGGAUGCCAAGGCUCGCAUCAGGGACCUGGAGAUGGCUCUGCAGAGGGCCAAGCAGGACAUGGCUCGCCAGCUCAGAGAGUACCAGGAGCUCAUGAAUGUGAAGCUGGCCCUGGAUAUAGAGAUCUCCACCUACAGGAAGCUGCUGGAAGGAGAGGAGGAAAGACUUGGACAGGAUUCUCUUAUCAACAUCCACACAGUGCCCACCAAAGUUGCCCCAGUUAACACCCAGCAGGAUCGAAAGUCAGGUGCAGUUCUCAUCAAGACAGUGGAGAUCCAUAACAAAUCAUACAGUUAAAUGUGAAAAAAAGAAACAGACAUACUGCAGUGCUACUGUCUGUUACCAGGAGUCCAUUUAAAUCUAACCUCUGCAUGAAUCUCCUUGUAAUUUACAUUAUGACAACAGCACCAGUGAGCCAAACAUGCAUAUCAUCUGCUAAUGUCCUUUGUCUUUGAUAUCACAUCAACUGCCACUUUCUGUGUUUAAAAUAAAGAUGUAUUCAGCUGCACUAUUA